AUUAGAAACAACAAAAUUAAACCAAAAUGUUUGCAUCAUAGAAAACAUUUGGGACUGUUGUCUUUGCUUCCAAGUGAGAAUGUUUUUUUCCCCUAAUUUAAUUAUUACAAAUAGACCCCUGUACGCCAUCAUCGCCCAAUAAUGGAAACUCCGGCUCAGUAUUAAUAUCACACACACACACACACACACACACACACACACAUAAACAAUAUCGACAAGAAUUGGGCGUUGGAUUCUCCGACGAGAAGAAAAACCCAAGAAAAAAAACGUUUCUACGGAAGGCGAAUUAUUGGAUUCGUUUGUUGAUUUGCUUCGUUUAAGACAGGGAUUUUCGACAAAAAAAGAAUUCCAAAUAUGACCUCGAAAACCAAGAAGAGAAUCGUGACGGAAAAUGGCGACACAGGCGAGGAUUCGGUUCUCGCAACUAUGGUCAGUAAUGGCGAAGAUUUAGGCCCGAUGGUCAGGCUUUCAUUCGAGACGGGCAAACCCGAAUCCCUUUUGCAGCAGCUUAAAAACUUAGUUAGAAAGAAAGAAGUUGAGAUCGAAGAGCUUUGCAAGCUCCACUACGAAGAAUUCAUCGUAGCUGUAGAUGAGCUGCGUGGGGUCCUUGUGGAUGCCGAAGAGCUCAAAAGCGAGCUCUCGAGCGAUAAUUACAGGCUGCAACAAGUCGGGAGUUCCUUACUCAUGAAACUUGAAGAGCUUCUAGAAUCUUACUCGAUCAAGACGAAUGUUACGGAAGCUAUUAAAAUGUCGAAAAACUGUGUCCAGAUCUUGGAUCUUUGUGUCAAGUGCAAUAUUCACGUUUCCGAAGGUCGAUUUUAUCCGGCUUUGAAAGCGGUCGAUUUGAUCGAGAGAACUUACAUGCAGAAUGUUCCUGUUAAGACGGUUAAAAUGAUGAUAGAGAAACGAAUACCGUUACUUAAAUCGCAUAUCAAGAAGAAGGUUUGUAGUGAAGUUAAUGAAUGGUUGGUUCAUAUAAGGAGUGCUGCGAAAGAUAUCGGACAAACUGCUAUCGGAUAUUCUUCGUCCGCUCGUCAGAGAGACGAGGAAAUGCUGUCUCGUCAGCGAAAAGCCGAAGAACAGAGCUGUUUGGGGUUAGAAGACUGCACCUACACAUUAGAUGUCGAAGAGAUCGAUGAAAACUCUGUCCUAAAAUUCGACCUCACCCCUCUUUACCGAGCCUACCACAUUCACAACUGUCUCGGAAUUCCCGAACAAUUUCGUGACUAUUAUUACAAGAAUCGGUUUCUGCAGCUCAAAUCUGAUUUACAGAUAUCAUCUGCACAUCCAUUCCUGGAAUCCCAUCAAACCUUUUUAGCUCAUAUUGCGGGUUAUUUUAUCGUUGAGGAUCGGGUUUUGAGGACAGCUGGCGGUCUUCUUUCGCCGACAGAGCUCGAGACAAUGUGGGAGACAGCUGGCGCGAAACUAACCGCAGUCUUGGAGGAGCAAUUCUCUCACAUGGAUGCAGCUAGCCAUCUUCUCUUGGUUAAGGACUACGUGACUCUCUUCGGUACAACGUUAAGACAGUACGGUUACGAAGUGGGCACAAUUCUCGAAACUUUGAACAGCAGCCGAGAGAAAUAUCACGAGCUUCUCUUAGCAGAGUGCCGUCAGCAAAUUACGGAUAUUUUAAGUAAUGACACUUGCGAGCAAAUGGUGAUGAAAAAGGAGUCAGAUUAUCAGUCGAACGUGCUCCUGUUCCAUCUCCAAACUUCGGAUAUAAUGCCGGCUUUUCCCUAUAUUGCCCCUUUCUCUAGCAUGGUGCCCGACAGCUGUCGCAUUGUACGCUCGUUUAUUAAGGAUUCGGUCAACUAUCUAUCUUACGGGUCCAACAUGAAUUACUUCGAUUUCGUCCGAAAGUAUUUGGACAAGCUUUUGAUCGAUGUCUUGAAUGAGGUCAUACUCAAUACGAUUCACAAUGGAACAAUAGGAGUUUCUCAGGCGAUGCAAAUUGCCGCCAAUAUCUCCGUUUUGGAGCGGGCUUGUGACUAUUUCCUCCAGCAUGCCGCCCAACAAUGCGGGAUUCCCGUGAGAUCGAUCGACAGGCCUCAAAUUGGAUUAACGGCCAAGAUCGUCUUAAAAACUUCGAGAGAUGCUGCUUAUCUUGCUCUAUUGAGUCUAGUGAAUUCCAAAUUAGACGAAUUUAUGUCACUAACAGAAAACGUGAAUUGGACAUCCGACGAGACAGCUCAGCACGGGAACGAUUAUAUAAACGAGGUUGUAAUAUAUCUCGACACAGUUCUGUCGACAGCUCAGCAAAUCUUGCCCUUGGAUGCUCUGUAUAAAGUCGGGAGCGGUGCUUUAGACCAUAUAUCGAACUCCAUUAUGGGGACAUUUCUGAGUGAUAGUAUCAAGAGGUUUAACGUGAAUGCUGUGACGAGUAUCAAUCUUGAUUUGAAGGCGUUGGAAACUUUUGCUGACGAGAGAUUCCAUUCGACGGGGUUGAAUGAGAUAUACAAAGAUGGAAGCUUCCGAGGGUGUUUGAUAGAAGCGAGGCAGUUGAUUAACCUUUUGAUGAGUAGUCAACCUGAGAAUUUUAUGAACCCUGUUAUAAGGGAGAGGAAUUACAAUACUUUGGAUUAUAAAAAAGUGGCUACGAUUUGUGAGAAGUAUAAAGAUUCGGCUGACGGGCUUUUUGGUAGCCUUUCGAACAGAGCGUCGAAGCAGAGUGCGAGAAAGAAGUCGAUGGAUAUGCUCAAGAAACGGCUAAGGGAUUUCAACUGAGAAAAAAUAAAAUAAAUUCGGAAAAUUUCUGUUAUGGUUUAGUAUUAGCUGAAAUUUUUAGUUUUAAGAAAAAACUGGUGGGUCCCGUUUCUGUUGUUGGUGCCGGCCGGUAUUCUGUCAGAAUAUAGUUCGACAUUGAAUUUUUUUUUUUUUUUUUUUUCGAAUGUUCUUGUUUCGAUUAUUUUUUGUUACUGAGGUAAUUUGGAUCUGAGCAAUUGUGGACUGCUUUCAUUUAGUGAUCAAGAAUGGAUGUGUACACUGUGUGGACUUGGUGCAUAAUUUUCUCCAGGUACUUUACGAGUUUACGUAUUAAGGUUUCGAUUAUUUUUCGAUUAUGGAGUUGAUAUGCCUGUUGUUUUUAUUUUAUUACAUCUGUUGAAGCUUAAUUUCCUUA